AUCACAGACUUUGUCAUUGUGACCUCCCUCCAGCUCCUCCUCACAUCCGGUCUUAUAUAUGUUGCCACGAGUUAGCGGCGAAUUUGGAGUGUCCAUUUUGAGCAGCGAGUCGGCGUCUCCGGUAUUUUUUCCCUUAAUCUCUUUAAGAGCCCACCGUCAGAAUGGCAGACGCUGAUAAUCUCCUCAUGGAGACAUCGGACCAGAACGGCAACGAGGGAGAGGACGACCAGAACGGAGCCGAGCAGGAGCUGAUGGGUGGAGAGGAGGAUUGUCUGGACAGCCAGGAGGGCCAGGAAGGUUUGGAAGGCCAGGAAGGCCUUGAAGGUGGUGCAGAUGGAGGCAAAAUUGAUGCCAGCAAAGGAGAGGAGGAUGCUGGUAAAAUGUUCGUGGGCGGCCUCAGCUGGGACACGAGUAAAAAGGACCUAAAGGAUUACUUCAGUAAGUUCGGCGAGGUUUCAGACUGUACCAUCAAGAUGGACUCAAACACUGGCCGAUCCCGAGGCUUCGGCUUCGUUCUCUUCAAAGACUCCUCCAGUGUGGAAAAGGUGCUCGAGCAGAAGGAACACAGACUAGACGGACGUCCAAUCGACCCCAAGAAAGCGAUGGCCAUGAAGAAGGAGCCUGUCAAGAAGAUCUUUGUCGGGGGGUUGAAUCCUGAGGCCACUGAAGACACAAUCAGGGAAUAUUUUGGGACUUUCGGAGAGAUCGAAACCAUUGAGCUUCCUAUUGACCCCAAAUCAAAGAAAAGGAGGGGUUUCAUCUUCAUCACAUACAAAGAAGAAGCCAGUGUCAAAAAGUGUCUGGAGAAGAAAUACCACAACAUCCAGGGCGGCAGGUGUGAGCUGAAGAUCGCCCAGCCGAAGGAGGUGUACCAGCAGCAGCAGUAUGGAGCCGGACGUGGUGGUGGUGGUGGCGGCGGGGGUUACGGAGGCCGGGGAGGCAGGGGGCGUGGAGGUCAGAGCCAGGGCUGGAACCAAGGAUAUGGAAACUACUACCAGGGAUACGGUAACCAAGGCUAUGGUGGAUACGGCGGCUAUGGCAACUAUGACUACACUUCUGGUUACUAUGGAUAUGGUCCCGGAUAUGAUUACAGACUCCAGUGAUCCAGUGAGACCGACGGCUGGAUGGACACACUGGCCAUGAAACGACCUCUUUUAUGACAGAAGACCAUUUGUACAGAAAACAUCUGAAAUGUAACUUUACUUUUUUUUUUUUUUUUUUAAAUCCUAUCAUUUUUAGGUUUUACUUUCCCCUUUGGUGUCUUUUUUUUUUUUUUUUUUCUUCCCCCUUCCACAUUUCCAUCAAUGGAAGUGUAAUUUUUACUGUACUUUUUGGUACCUGUUUUGAUUCUAAUGUAUUGUAAGGCUUGUAUUUUACAUGUUUGCUGGCUUUACAGGUUGAAAAUCUUGGCGCUGUAAAGGAGCUUUUUUGACAAAUAAACAGUUUUCAGUAAUUUUUUUUUGGUUCUGGUGCUUCCAGGUUGUGGGGUGGAAGAUUAUGAAGUUUAACGGGUUUAGGAUUCAAAUUCAGUUGGUAACAUUUAUUUCUCAUGGUCUUUUGUAGCCACACAAUUCAUUAUUCUUUAAUGAAGCAAUGUUGAGUAACUCAAGAAUUAUGUUUCACAUUCGCUCAGAUCACACUGGUAUUUUUUUUUUCUCCCCUUAUCAGUGUAUCAAGAUUAUUUGAACUUAAGCUAUCCUUCCUAAAAACUGAAACGACUGGCUGCAAUUCUUCCAGGACGUUGUGAAUUCACCAAGAAUCAACAUCUGAAAGCAUACAGAUGUGUGGGAUGUAUAAGGGGGUUGGGUGGGGGGAGGAGUUACUUCAUGUUACAUACAUUUUACAUGAGCUUAUUGUUUAAGUUUCUAUGCUGGUUUAGUUUGCGUUUGUCAAGUGUCACUGGAUUUUUAGAAAUCGCUUUUGAAGUUAAAUGUUGCUUAGUUUUUUCUGGACAGACUCCAGGUCACUGGAGUCUUCUCAACUAGUGUCUGGCAAUUUAUUAGCAAUAAACAUUUCCGUUUGUAAUA